GAGGCACUAAUCAAUCACUGAGGAUUUGCUGCUGUGGUGUUUCGCUUGGAUUGAAAGCCUGCAUGUGCUUGAGCGUAGAUGGCACAUGGUUGAGAGCCACUGGCCUCAGCGUUUGUUUGCAGUGUCCUGACCAGUGAGACGUGAUAACCGCAUCUAUCAGCGGUAUGAGCUUUCCCUCCAGGACUGUACUUCUGCACCUUGGUGCUAAAAUGUUGCCUGCUUAUGCUGCCUAUGCCAUGUUAAGCCUUGCACCUAUACUGGUGCUUGGUGUUCCUCCCAUCUGGACCCAGCCAGAGCAGGUGCACCUCUCCUAUCCAGGCGUCCCUGGCUCCAUGUUGGUGACCUGGACCACCUUCAAUAAGACAGAGAGCAAGGUGGAGUAUGGCGUGCUGGGGGGUCGGCUCUUUGAUAUGGCCGCCACAGGCAGCGCUUCUCUGUUUGUGGACUCAGGAGAGGAGAAGAGGAAGAUGUACAUCCAUAGGGUAACUCUCACAGGCCUCAAACCUGCUUCAGCCUAUGCGUACCAUUGUGGCAGCGAUGCAGGCUGGAGUGAUGUGUUCUACUUCACUGCUCUCAAUGACAGCACCAGUUUCAGCCCCAGGUUUGCUCUCUAUGGUGACCUGGGCAAUGAGAACCCACAGUCUCUGGCCAGACUGCAGAAGGAGACCCAGCUCGGCAUGUACGAUGUCAUCCUGCACAUAGGGGACUUCGCCUAUGACUUGCAUGAGGAUAAUGCCAGGAUCGGAGAUGAGUUUAUGAGGCAGAUCCAGUCCAUAGCAGCCUAUGUGCCCUACAUGACCUGUCCCGGGAACCACGAAGCUACAUACAACUUCUCCAACUAUAGAAAUCGCUUCAGCAUGCCAGGCCAGACUGAGAGUCUAUGGUACAGCUGGGACCUGGGGUCAGCCCACAUCAUCUCUCUCUCCACUGAAGUUUACUUCUAUCUCAUGUUUGGCCAGGAGCUGCUCUUCAAGCAGUAUGAGUGGCUGAAGAAAGACCUUGAGGAAGCCAACAAGCCAGAAAAUCGAGCAGUGCGUCCAUGGAUCAUUACCAUGGGACACAGACCCAUGUACUGCUCCGAUGACGACCAAGACGACUGCACCAAGUUUGACUCCUAUGUUCGGCUGGGAAGGAAUGACACCAAACCGCCAGCGCCCGGUCUGGAGGAUCUAUUUUACCGCUAUGGAGUGGACUUGGAGUUGUGGGCACACGAACACACGUACGAGAGGCUCUGGCCCGUCUAUGGUGACAAGGUGUACAACGGUAGCACUGAGCAGCCUUAUAUGAAUCCCAAAGCUCCAGUGCACAUUAUCACAGGCUCUGCUGGCUGCAGAGAGAAGAUUGACCCAUUCAACCCUAACCCCAAAGAGUGGAGUGCUUUCCGCAGCAGAGAUUAUGGCUACACUCGCAUGCAAGUAGUCAACUCCACCCAUGUUUACCUGGAGCAGGUCUCUGAUGACCAGUACGGCAAAGUGAUUGACAGCAUCUGGGUUGUGAAGGAAAAACACGGUUUCUCUGCCUGGCUCUGAAGACUGCUGUGCUGGGAAGAGUCAACCCUUCAAUCGGUUAACAAGACACAAUCAAGAUAUCCACUCUGGAAGUGCACUUUAAAGCCUAAUUUUACUAUUUUUCUGCACCUUUUUGCUGCAAUCAGACUAAAUGUAAGGCAAUAAUGGAAAUGGUAUUUCAUCACUGCCCAGUUUUCAAACUGGGCAGUGGCAUUUUUUCCCCCCAAACCAUGUCCACUUUGAUUUACCAGAAUGAAAGAUGACUAUAUAAUGAUAAGACAAUUCUGUAAGUGUGUCUAAUGUUUAAUAACAUUUUAUUUGAAUGUAAAUAAUGUAGUUAUUAUAUAACUGUAAUUAUCUUAUGAGCUCCCUAACAAUGCACUGUAAAUAGGACAUCAACGUUUGUUAUCAGUCUCAAUAAAUCCUGCUUUUUAUAUGGA